AUGACUGUUAAGCAUGUGUUUGAAACAGUGCAAGUAGAGUCAUUGCAUAGUACAAAGAAUCAUAUUGUACAGAUAGACUCAAAUGCAAAACCAGCUCAAGGAUUCAAUUUGUUGAUUGAUAAUAGGAUUCAAUCAAUUCCAGUGUUUGACCUUACUGCCAACAAGUAUAGUGGAUUCUUGGACAUUCGCGAUUUAGUAUCAUUCUCAUUGUUCCUCUACGACAACAAUGUAAAGGCAGAGACACUUUUGGAUCUAGUCAACUUUGGUGUCAAGAUGUUUAAGCAUCAAACAGAUGUAUCAGUAACAUAUUUGUCUCGCAGGAAUCCUUUCAACUCAAUAAUGGUUGGUUCCAACCUGCUAAAGGUCGUUGAUAUUCUGUCAAAGGGAACACAUCGUGUGCCCAUCGUUGAUAAAGAUGGAAAGCUGGUGGAUAUCAUCUCACAAUCAUCAAUCAUCCAGUUCAUUGACAAGAAUGUUAACUCGUCAAUGUUGCCAGAGUUGGAUCAAAAGAUCUCCCAAUUGGAUUCACUUGGUAUCUCCAAUGUGACUUCGGCCAAGAAUACAUCUUUGACGAUCGAUGUGUUUAGAGUGAUGGAUGUACAGGGUAAGAGUGGCGUGGCAAUUGUGGACGAGCAAGGCAAGCUCAUUGGAAGCACGAGUAGUGCCGAUCUCAAGUUGUUCAUCAACAAUCCAUCGACGGCCAUUCUCCAACUGCCUAUAAUGGAGUUCCUCAAUAAGAUCAGACUGCUCAAUGCUAUUGGUGGAGGUAUCUGGGAUGAUACAUUGGUCAAGCAAGGCACUUACGGCCCAGGCAGUACACGUUUAGUUGGCGUCAAGUUGGAGCUUCAAGACUCCACUGGCAAGGUGUUGAGCACCAUUCCAUCGAACCAGGACAAGACUUACUCAUUCAAGGGAUUGAAGGCUGGAGACUACUGCAUUGUUGCCUCCCAGCCAGGAUUCACACCAACUGUCAAGAAGAACCAGAUGGCCUUCGACUCCAAUGGCAAGUUCUGCACCAAGGUCGGUCCAUCCGUCACUGACGCACACUUGGGUAUGAUUGCAUCCGCUGACGCUACAUUCGAACUUGGAGGUGGCAUCUGGGAUGACACCAUGCUCAAGACCGACUCUGCUGGCAAGGUACUCAAGACAAUCGACUCGAACACUGAGAAGACCUACUCAUUCAAGGGUCUCAAGGCUGGUGACUACUGUGUCGUCGCCUCCAAGGCUGGCUACAAGCCAACUGCUCUCGCCUACCAGAAUGUCUUUGAUGAUAAAGGAAAGUUCUGCAUCAUACUCGGACCAUCCAAGACUGGUGCCAAUCUUGGUAUGAUCUCGACCACAACAUUUGAAUUGGGUGGUGGCAUUUGGGAUGACACCAUGCUCAAGACCGGUACCUAUGGCCCAGGCAGUCCUCAAUUGAUUGGCCUCAAGUUGGAGCUCCAGGACUCUGCUGGCAAGGUUCUCAAGACCAUCGACUCCACCACCGAGAAGACCUACUCAUUCAAGGAUCUGCCCCCAGGCAAAUACUGUGUCGUUGGAUCCAAGCCAGGAUACAGAGUCACUGCCCUCGCCAACCAGAAUGUCUUUGAUGACAAAGGAAAGUUCUGCACUACUCUUGGACCAUCCAAGACCGAUGCACACUUUGGACUGAUCAAAACUUAA